GUGCCCCACCUGCUCCGUGCCCGCCCGCUGGCGGCAGCACCGCCACGCAACCGAGCACCGCCCCUUCACCGCCCCCGGGGGAGGUCAGGGCGGCGGUAGCGGAAGCUUCUUCCUCCCGGCGCCGCGGCCCGGAACCAGCCCCGUCGCGUCCCGGCCCGUCCCGGCUCCGCCGCCGCUUGCGGCCCUCGCCGACAGCAUGACAGCGCCAGCCGCCACGCCCCGCAGGUGACACCCGCGGGCCCUUCCGCCUCGGCCGCCUCAUAUAUGGGCCACCUGCUCUCGAAGGAGGCCAGCAGCCUGAGCCGGGACCGCCGCUGCCGCCGCGGGGGAAAGGUGCCGCCGCGCAGUCGGAGCUGCUUCCUGCGCGGGCCCUGCAUGCUCUGCUUCAUCGUGCAUAGCGCCAGCCCGCCCGCCUCGGAGCAGCCCCUGCCCGCCGGAGACCCCCGCCUGCCACCGCCGCCCUACGCGGCCCUCGCCACCGCGGAACAGCGUGCCUCCUGCCGCGUCCUCCGCCUGUCGUCCGCCGCCUGGGAACCGCGGGGCCGCUUCCAGCGCCUCCUUCUCUCGGGCCUGCUGCCCUCGCCGGUGCGGGGCCUCCUGGGGGAGGCCAGACCAUCCGGCGAGGCCGCUUCGGAGAUGGUGUGCAAGCGCAAGGGGGCCGGCCUGCCCGCCUGCCCGCCCUGCAAGCAGCCGCGCUGCGCGGCCGCCGCCGCUGCGGAGCCGGAGGCAGCCUGCCAGUGUCCCGCGGAGGCGCCGCUCUGCUCUCUGCCCGCAGCCGACGGCUGCGCGGCGAGCUGUGAGUCCGCACCGGCCCGGGUCAGCGCCGGGGACAGCGGCGAAGCGGAGCAACCCGCCUCGCCGCCCUCCACGUCUGAGGAGGAGGAGGAGGCAACAGGGGAGAAGGAGAGGGGCGGAGAGGCGGGCUGCGAGGAGCCUCUGGAGCGCCCCGCUGACUGCUGCCGGGAGCCGCCGCCGGAUAUUAACCAGCUGCCGCCUUCCAUUCUCCUCAAGAUAUUUUCCAACUUAUCCCUGAAUGAGCGUUGCCUUUCAGCAUCACUAGUCUGUAAAUAUUGGCGUGACCUCUGUUUAGAUUUUCAGUUUUGGAAGCAACUGGAUCUCAGCAGUCGUCAACAGGUCACUGAUGAGCUGUUGGAAAAGAUAGCAUCAAGAAGCCAGAAUAUUACUGAAAUCAAUAUUUCUGAUUGUCGCAAUAUAUCUGAUACAGGAGUAUGCAUAUUAGCUAUUAAGUGUCCUGGACUCCUAAGGUAUACUGCCUACAGGUGUAAACAACUUUCUGAUACCUCUAUUAUUGCAGUUGCCUCUCAGUGUCCUCUUCUUCAGAAAGUGCAUGUAGGCAAUCAAGACAGACUCACUGAUGAAGGCCUGAAGCAGCUGGGUUCAAAAUGCAGAGAAUUGAAAGACAUUCAUUUUGGGCAGUGUUACAAGAUCUCAGAUGAAGGAAUGAUCAUUAUAGCUAAAGGCUGCCUGAAACUGCAAAGAAUAUACAUGCAAGAAAACAAAUUAGAUUACUGUAGGAUGCAUGUGGGGAUGUCAGCAGGUUGUGAUGCACUGUUAUCUUGUCACAUGAAGUUCAGGAGUCUUCAACAGAUACUGUUCCAGCUUUUCAAUUUUAACAUCAAGUGACAUUGUGAAAUUUGAUUACUAUUUUUAAGAAGAAAUAAUUGGAAAAAUUAGUUGAAUUUUCAACAGAACUUAGUUAAAAUUUAAAUAGUAACUGGAGGUACUGAUUCUUAAUCAUGUAAGUGUUAAUUAGACAUACUAUUUAGAGUAUCUGAUUUCAGUUUUGGAAAUAGAGCAGUUUACAUAAUUGUGCUCCUAAUCUCAUGCUUAUGUCCUCAAAAGGUUACUUCCAAAGACUCCUAAGUAUGUUCAGUCCAAUUAAUUUUAAAAUAUGAAUAUGCAGUAUUCUGUAGAAGUCAGAAUCUUUUUAUUUAGGGUAUCAAAUAUAUAAUCUUUAAGAACAGUCUCUGGCUCAUGCCAUGCAAAUCCAUGUUUCCAUGUGGAAAAGUGAGAUUGUGUCCUUUGUGAAGUGAGUUUCAGUUGUUUAAUUGGACUUCCAGACCAGAAAAGGCUGUAUAUGUUUCAAGUGUAUGUUAC